GUGCCAUCGCCAAACCGUCACCGUCACCGGAUUCGGCAACCGGCGGCUCGACAUUGUUCCACGACCGUCGUAAGAAGCACACAUGUAUUUUGCCAUCAUCCGCCGCAACGACUGUCGUUACUUUCCGUCAACAUGUAUUCGCCGAUUAAUUUGUUGUUCAGCCAAAUUCAAUUCAACCAUAUAUACGUAGAAGGCAGUAUACUACUUGUAUUACUAUGGAUAUUAUUAAGAAAAGCAGCAACUACUGCAAAUCCAGAAAAACCGGUGAGAUACUAUUUAUUUGAUUUACGAUAUUCCACUAAAGCAAUUUGUGAUUCAUUUUUUAAGCUGGAUAUCGAGAAGAAGAUUCAAUCAUGGACCCCGAAACCUUUAGUCGAUACAAGUAGCCCAAUAAGGUUACCAAUGGAAAACUACUUUAUCGAGAGUAAGGCUAGUGAUCGUGUCGUAAUAAACGGUCAGACAUGUAUAAAUUUUGCCACCCAUAACUAUUAUAAUUUCUUUGAUAAUAAAAGUAUUGAAAAUAGGGUAAUAGAGGCUGUGAAUAAAUACGGCGUGGGCUCUUGUGGCCCUAGAGGUUUCUAUGGCACAUUUGAUAUACAUAUUGAGUUAGAAGAAAAAAUCGCCAAUUUCAUGGGAAUGGAAGAAGCCGUUAUAUACUCGUAUGGGUUUUCUACAGUUACUAGUGCCAUUCAAGCUUACGUAAAACCGAAGGAUAUUGUUUUUGUAGAUGAGGAGGCAAAUUUCGCUAUACAAAAAGGUUUGCAAUCUUCGAAAGCGGACGUUAUAUAUUUCAAACACAACUGUCCUGAAGACUUAGAACAAUUGAUUUUGGAAAUCGAUAAGAAAUCUCCUAUGAAAAGAAAGAAAAGAAGAUCGUUUCUCAUCGUCGAAGGAAUUUAUAUGAACACUGGAAAUAUUUGCAACUUGCCAAAAUUCAUUGACAUUCGAAUAAGACAUAAAAUUCGAAUAUUUAUUGACGAAAGUAUAUCGUUCGGUAUUCUUGGAAAAAAAGGUCGUGGUAUUACAGAACACUUCAAUAUACCGACGUAUGAAGUUGAUUUAAUCAUCGGAAGUUUAGAAACGGCUUUAUCAUCAGUUGGUGGUUUUUGCGUUGGCUCAACAUUUGUGGUUGAACAUCAGAGACUGUCUGGUCUUGGUUAUUGUUUUUCUGCAUCUCUUCCGCCAUUACUAUCAGCGGCUGCUAUCAAAGCUUUAGAACACAUUGACAAAUAUCCAGAAAUGUUGGCAACUUUGAGAGAACGGAGCAUAAGUUUACAUCGAAGAAUUUGCCUUAGCAAACUGAUAGAGCACUUCACUCUUGGAUCAGACGAAACGAGUCCAUUGAAACACUUGUACCUAUCAGAUGAAUCCUUAUCUCAUUCCGAGCAACAAAGCAUAUUAAAACAUAUUGUUGACUACUGUAUUCCUAAAGGAUUUGCGAUUACGACGGCUGCAUAUUUAUACAAAAAUGAAUACAAACUGCCCAAACCGAGUAUCAGACUACUUGCAAGCAUCAACAUAACUGAUGAGAACAUAGACUCCCUAAUACAUGUAUUAUUGCAAGCAGUCGAUGUUAUACCAACUAAAGCUGUACAAUGAUAUGCUACGGUUUUCUUUAUUUAAAACCCACCGUUUGAAAUUUGUAUAAAAUGAGCCAAAAAAUAAAGUUACUGUAUGCAUGAAAA